AGUUUUUAGGGGUGUUGGGGUCCAUUCGCCCGCCGCUGGUGCUUGUAGUUGCGUCAGUGGAGAACCUCCAGUGCGCUGCAGGCUGGGCUCCCGACCCUGUCAGUGCCAUCCAGCGCAUCUGAAAUUGUUCUGGUCCAAGUUGUUCCCUUGCACCUGCUUGCUGCAGACUCCACGUCCGCGACCACUGAUCGACCCAUCGACGACACGACGCAGCCCAGUUGCCCAGCCCAGGCGCCCAGCCUAGCCACGGGAGCAGCCUUUCCGCAAAUGAGUCGUUGCGCUGCCAACGCGCACCCAACGCAUGUCGAAGAUCGAGCAAUCCGCUAAAACGUAGUUCCAUCCCCGUCGACCUCUCCCGCCAUCGUCACCCCUGCGCGCUCCUCCCGUCCCCGUCGUGAUUGAGGCUUCGAACAACCCGCAGCUCGUUCUCGCGGGCUCUCCCGCACCCGCCCGCGCCCUCGACCCCAGCCACCGCUGCCCGUACGGUGCAGCCCACGUCCCGCGACACGGAACCGUUGCCCCCGAUGCCAAACUGAAAGAGAAGGGCCCUGCCGAACCACGCUAUACCUUCCAUGCGUCUGGUCCCUUGCCUCGGGUCCUAGGACGAAUCCGCGGCCCGAGCCCAUCUUUCUGUCUCCUCGGGGCUGCUGCCCGCACCGACCAUCGCGCAGGUAGCGUUCAGUGUCGCCAAACGGCUCCUUUUUUGGGGCUCCUGCCGUUCCAAUUCUUGUCAACAUACUUUUUUUUUCGCCCACGGAGUUUUCGUUUUGCUUGGUCGCGUAUAAUCAUCGCCCUGAAGACGCCAGUGACGUUGGGCAGCACGCCACUCGCGUCGACCUGAUCAAGAUAUCGGAGGAAAGGGCGGUUUGCAUGGAUGGUUGGACCAUAGGAGGCGAGAUCUGAAGAAUAGCAAGAAAAGGAGGAAGUUCAAAAGGCAAGUUGGGGAAAUAACAACAGCAAGAGAGCGGCGCAAAUGUCGUUCCUCGAAGACCCGCGGCUGCGCCAGCGGUGGAACCAGAUCUCGCACGAUGCCGAGGGCGUGGCCGAGAACGCGGCGGCGGGCAUCUGGAAAUUCCAGCACCGCUACAUCGCCCCGUGCCUGGCCAACGUCUGCAGCUCGCUCGACGCCUGCACGGGCGUUUGCCUGGGCGGCGACCGUGAGGAGCGUGCCCGGCGCGCCCGCGAGCGCGAGUGGGGAGCCCGGCGCACAAGAGCUGAGUACAACUUCGACUUUUACGACGACUGGGACGACGACGACGACGCGCUCGCUGGCUACGGGUACUACGGCUACAACGGCGAUGGAGGCGGCGGCGGCGGGAGCGGCAGCGGUGGUGGUGGUGGUGGCGGCGGCGGCGGCGGCGGAGGGAUCCUGGGCACCGACUGGGACCGCCUGCUGGCGGGCACGGGUGCCUCGUCGCGGAGCCGGCACGGAGGCGCUGGCGCGGCGGGGGCUGGUGGUGACGUGGUGGAGCAGCCGCGGCGCAAGGGCACCAUGAACUAUGGCACCAGGCGCAAGACGAGCGUCCACGAGGACCCAACCGUCAUUCCCAGCACGUCCACCUUUGGCUUCCUGGGCCGCCUACCUUUCAAGAUCGGGGGCACCCUGCGGUAUAAGCCUAGCGCGGCUAAUCUGCAGGACCAUCCGGGGGCCGUCCACCCCCACCACCACCACGGCAGCGCGGGCGAGCGGCAACCACUGCUAGGCGGCGGUGACGACGACGAGGACGCGGGGGCCGAGUAUCACGGUGGUGGCAGGGACGGCGAGGUAAUAUUCCAGCGGUCCCGAUUGGGCAAGGAAACGGACGACGACGACGAGUACUACGACCGGCACGGCCACCGACAACGAGGGCCCGGCGGCGAGGGGAUAUAUAACCCAAAGACUAGGAAACGGAGCAGCACGACGGGAUCUGGUGCUACGUCGGACUCGUACCGGUCCCGGGGCGACCUCUUCCCGAGCGACGGGGAAGGAGAGGAGGAUGCCGUGCCGCUGGAUGACGAGUUCGCGGUGGCGUUGGACCGCGUCACGACGGACGACCGGAGCAGCAGUAUCGGUGGCGGUGCCGGCAGGACGCGGAGCGUCAGGAAGGGCAAGAGGCGGGCCGACUCGAUGGGCACCAACUCGCGAGGCGGCGGCGGCGGUAGCUAUAGUCCUGCCAUGAUAUCGCGUAGCGUAUCGCGGACCACGAUCACGUCCAUGGCCACAACCGCGUCGUCGACGCAGGCCGUGGCGUCGCCGUCGGUGAUGAGGAGACCCAGCUCACCGUCGGGCUCGGCGCCUGUCAUGGGAGAGGCGCGGCAGCACUUGGAGGACAAGGAAUAUCCAGUGGGGCGCCGCGGGCCUGCGCCACCAUUGGCGCAUCAGAGCCCCCGGUCGCCCGAGGUGCACUUUGACGACAUCCCGGAGCCGCCGCCGUUUUUACCUAGGGACGAUGAUGGCUCCUUAGGGCACAUGGUAGGGGGUGUGGUGGAGGUCGAGAUGCCCGACCAGUCUGCGACAAAUUUGGACGUGGCGGCCGUCGCGCCGGCUGCUCCAGCGGCAAGUCUAGACACGGCAGCAUCAGGCAGGUCAGCGGAGCAAGAGUUCUUCCCCGCCAUGCUGCCCAACUUUCGAUAAAGGACGAGAUGGGACGAGGCUGGGAUGAUGAUUACGGCAAGCAUAACAGGGCGUUGGCGGGUUGGGAAUGCCAAAUUAUGGGAUUCGUUGUGAUGUGAUACGAGACCUAGACGCUUGGGCUGGCUGUGCUGCUCUCAUGGCCAGGCAGCAAGAGACGCACCGCACCGUUCAGGUAUUAUAUAGUUAUGGUGGCCUGCAUUUUCUUUUUAGCAUUGCGUGUACCAAUAUUUACAUAUUUUUCUGUCGUCUAUCUUUGCAUGUUCGCAACCUGGGUCUCGUCAAGAUAGCAUUUUGGUACAAGAUAAGCAGCAGUCAAGCACGUCGCUCAAACAGGCAACGAGCUCGCUUCCCCGGGGCUGCGGUGGG